GCGUCUCGAGCCGCCGCCGCGAGAGCAUCCCCUCCGCCGAGAGCCGCUCGCGCCGCCGACCGCCCCCGCCGCCUCUGCCGCCUCCGCCGCCGCCGCCGACCGCCUCCGCCGAGGGAAGGGAAGCGUAUCGUAUGUCCGCUAUCCAGAACCUCCAACCCUUCGACCCCUUUGCUGAUGCAAGUAAGGGUGAUGACCUGCUCCCUGCCGGCACUGAGGACUACAUCCAUAUAAGGAUCCAGCAGCGGAACGGCAGGAAGACCCUCACCACAGUCCAGGGCAUCGCGGAUGAUUACGAUAAAAAGAAACUGGUGAAGGCCUUCAAAAAGAAAUUUGCCUGCAAUGGUACUGUAAUUGAACACCCUGAAUAUGGAGAAGUGAUUCAGUUGCAAGGCGACCAGCGCAAGAACAUAUGCCAGUUCCUCGUAGAGAUUGGACUGGCUAAAGACGACCAGCUGAAAGUCCAUGGGUUUUAAGUGCCUGUGGGUCAGUGAAGCUUUAUGCAAGAAGAUUUCUUUACCAUGAAAUUCCCAUCUGUCCCUUGUCAUAAGUUUAAAACCAGCCGGUUUGUGUAAUGUAACUCUCUUGGGUCCACUAUUCAGUCUGGACUAGUGUAAUUCAGUGAUGUAAUAAACUCACAAGAGCCCAUGCUA